AUGUCUCCUCUUACCUUUUUCCUACUCUGUGCACAAGUGUGUUUUAUUCAGAAUACCUACUGCCAAUGUUUGGACACCGGACUCGGCUUGGGGUAUGCUCAGCCUAUUGUCGCUGAAAAUGAGCUCGGUUGCGGAGCCUCUCUUACGGCGGAUAUAGCUUACGGUUCUGGCUUUGCUCCCGGCCUUGGUUAUGGAUAUGGAUACGGUCUCGCUGGUCCAGCUGCUCUGGCUGGUCCCGCUGCGUAUGGUGCAGGCCCGGCUUACGGCGGCGCUGGUAUAUAUAGUAACGAUCACUAG